AUGCAUUCCUCUGCUCUGAUUGCGAUUGCGAUCACCGUCUUUGCUUUCAUCCAGCUAACAGCGCAUGUUUUUUGCGACGUCCAACAGCCCCUGUCCCUCCUCCUCAAGGGCAGCCCUCUCAUCGACGAGCUGGCUCUGUACGAUGUUGUCAACACCCCCGGCGUUGCUGCCGACCUUUCUCACAUCUCCUCCCCCGCGAAAGUGACUGGCUACCUGCCCGCCAAUGACGGCGCAAAGGCCGCUUUCAAGGAUGCCGACGUCAUCGUCAUCCCCGCUGGCAUUCCCCGCAAGCCUGGCAUGACCCGUGACGAUCUCUUCAACAUCAACGCCGGCAUCGUCAAGGGCCUCAUUGAGGUCAUUGCUGAUGUUGCCCCCAAGGCCUUUGUCCUCGUCAUCUCCAACCCCGUCAACUCCACCGUCCCCAUUUCCGCCGAGGUCCUCAAGGCCAAGAAGGUCUUUGACCCCAAGCGCCUCUUUGGCGUCACCACUCUUGACGUUGUCCGUGCCGAGACUUUUGUUGCCGAGAUUGUCGGCGAGUCCCAGCCUCAGAAGCUCACCAUCCCCGUUGUUGGUGGCCACUCUGGCGAGACCAUCCUGCCCCUCUUCAGCGCCGCCCAGCCCGCUGUCAACAUCCCUGCCGACAAGUACGACGCUCUUGUCAACCGUGUGCAGUUUGGUGGUGACGAGGUCGUCAAGGCCAAGGAUGGUGCCGGCUCCGCCACUCUCUCCAUGGCAUAUGCUGGCUUCCGAUUUGCCGAGAAGCUGCUUCGUGCCGUCAAGGGCGAGCAGGGUCUCGUUGAGCCCAGCUACGUCUACCUGCCCGGCGUGCCCGGAGGUGAGGCUGUUGCCAAGGCCACUGGCGUCGACUUCUUCUCCGUCCCCGUCACUCUUGGACCCAAUGGUGUGGAGAGCGUGGCCAACCCUCUUGAGAAGAUCACCGAGAAGGAGAAGGAGCUCCUGGCAAAGGCCGUCGAGGGCCUCAAGGGCAACAUCCAGAAGGGCGUCGACUUUGCCCACAACCCUCCCCAAAAGUAA